UGGACACAGCAGAUAGCUUAAUGUGGCUUUGCUCUAAAAACAAAGAAACGUAAUAGAUUUAUUUUUUCAUUAAUUUUACCUGUCAUGAAUCUAAAUUAGGCUAAUUUUUUCAAUUUUUUUAAUUGAUAAAAUACGCAAUCACAAUAAGUCCCCUUAUAUGCGGGACUUAACGAGAUGUUAACGGCUAUGAGUCUAUGGCACAAAAAUUAAAAUGGCAGAAGUAGGCACACCAAGUAGGCAUGAGAAAAGUUUGGGACUAUUAACAACAAAGUUUGUGUCAUUACUGCAAGAAGCUAAGGAUGGUGUAUUGGAUUUAAAAGUGGCAGCUGACACUCUUGCUGUGCGACAGAAAAGAAGAAUAUAUGAUAUCACCAAUGUACUUGAAGGGAUUGGACUGAUUGAGAAAAAGUCCAAGAACAGUAUCCAGUGGAAAGGGGCAGGACCUGGCUGCAACACAAGGGAAAUUUCAGAACGCCUAGUAACUCUGAAAGAAGAGCUUAAUCUCUUGGCACAUACAGAAGAAGAACUGGACCUACACCAUUCCUGGGUGCAACAAAGUAUAAGAAAUAUCACAGAAGACCCAACAAACUUUCAGUUAGCCUACGUCAGCCAUGAAGACGUUUGUAAUUGUUUCGAAGGGGAUACAUUAUUAGCUAUACAAGCCCCAUCAGGGACGCAGCUAGAAGUGCCACUUCCAGAGGAGCAUGGAACACAGAAGAAGAAAUAUCAGAUACAUUUGAAGUCAAAUUCUGGACCUAUUAAUGUUCUACUUGUGAACAAGGAGAGUGCAUCAUCAAGUCCUGUUAUAGUUCAGGUCCCUCCCUUUUGUGAAGAUCCACCUGAUGCUUCAUCAAACACAAAUUUAGAAGACAGUAGCCUUAUGAUUUCUGCUUUAUCACAAGAGCAAGUAACACCACCUCCAAACACUCGUGCUUCUACCCGACAGACACGACAACAACAAACCUCAGUGCCAAAACCUACAGCAGAAACAACAGAGGAACCUAUGGAAGUGCAGGCUACCCCUCUCCCCCCAAUCACUCGUAUGGCCACAAGGCAGUCGCCAAGGAAGUCUAAUCGGCAACUGACUGGUGUUUCUAGUGAAAAGAUGGGAAGUUUAGAAUCUUUGCAAAAGAACGCUGACGUUAAUGUUAAAAAAGAAGCUAGUACGAGCAGUGGGAGUGUGGAGAAAGAGGUGAAAGAAAUUACAGAUGACUUCUUAGAUCCAUCUAAAGCAACCAUUGAUGAAGAUUUUCUUGAUGAAUUGAUAUCCUCAGAAAUGUUUUCACCGUUAUUGAGGCUUAGUCCACCUCCCAGUGAUCGAGACUACUGCUUCAACCUCUGUGACAAUGAGGGUGUUUGUGAUCUGUUUGAUGUGCAUAUGAUCCCCUUCUGAUUCACUGUUUGAACCAAAACUGAUUUCAGUGUAUUUAUUAACAUCUACUGUACACUACAUUUGAACUUAAUUCAUUCUGGUGAUUGAACACACAGCUCUAACAUCUGUCUUGGUCAUUUUGGUCUCUGUGUGACAUACUGUUUUAUAAAGGUUUGUUAGCUCAAGUCCUGUUUCGUCAAUUUUCCAUCCAGUUUGGAUUGCUGAAUAAAAGUAUGCUCUGAUCAAUGAUAUGAACAACAGAACUUGAUAUAUUAGUUCUAGCAUUAUUAACACUUGACACAAGUGCUUCAAAACUAUUAUUUUGAUAUGUUCAAGUCAGGCAUUCAAACUUGAACUAAUCUGUUUUCACCUGUCACUGGUACUUGACAUGAUCACUUCAAGUAUCAUCCUGACUGCUUGAUAAGUAUUGACAACCAGGAUGCUCUAUGUUAAUGAUGUGAAAAUUAGCUCUAUUUUACAGUUAAGAAAGUUUUCCAUCAAAUGAACAGUUUGAGAACCAAAUGUUAUUCAGAUUGAUUUGUAUAGCUUGUUUUGUAAACAAUUAUUUAGUAUAUAUAUAUACUGUUAGAGUUAUUGAUAUUUGUUUCUUACAAGUCACAGAUUUACUUUUUUGCCAUGUGUAGUAAGUGAACUUAAUUUGUACAUUAACUAAUGAAGUGGUAACCGGUUUUUAAUUUUUGAAAGUUUAACCUUAAGUUUAUUUAAUCAACAGUUUUGUUAUAAUGACAAGUUGUAUUAACUACUUCAUGAAAUGAAUGCCUCAUCAUGUGUAAAGCUUUAGGUUUCCUCGACUUGAUGUGGUGAAAUAAUUUAGCUAUCUGAUGUAGACUUUCUGUUAUCCAUGGAGCAAGAUGUUAUAUAUAUGUGCAACAAGUAUAGUUAGGGUAUAGUUUUGGAUUGUAAUUUUUGUUAUCAGAGCACUUGAGUCUUUUUUUUUUUCUUCUUCUUUUCUUUAUUGUCCUGAUUUUAAGCCUACUUUAUCAGAUUAAGUCUUGUAAAAACAGUGCUAGUGAAAGAUGGGUCUCCUUAGACUUAGUGGAAAUUAACAAGUAAAUUGGACAAACACAAAAAAUGAGGUAAGUCACUGAAAUAAACUUAUCACAAAGCACAGUAAAUAAAUUAGAAAAAAUACAAAAUUUUAUACAAACAUGAGAAAUUAUUUAAACUUUUUAUUUACGUGUAUACUUAUGUAAAUUAACUCUCUAUUUCUCAGAUAUUCCACUUACUUGAAAAAUAUGUAGGACCAAUUUUCAGCAUGGGAGAUUUAAGUUUUAAAUUCCUAAUUGUAGUUAGUAAUCUAAAAUUUGUAUUUUCCUUUGGAAUAUUGUGAUAAGUACCUGAUCAAAUCCUCCUUGUAAUACAAUAUAACCAUCUCAAAUAAACAUACGAACCCUUUUAAAAACAUUAAAUAAUAAUACUUUAAAAUGAUAUUGUACAAUUAUUGGAGUACUGUACUGACAUCAUGGCUAAGGAGAAAUUAAAUUUCUCGUUACUUCUUUUAGAGUGUGAUAGCAAUUAGGAAUAAGUAAAUAAAGAUGUCACUUGGUAGUACAGAUAAACUAUGUAUAGGUCAAACUGUAUGCAUUAAAAAUGACAUGAUUCAUUACUUCAUCCCUCAUAGCUAUGAGUUUGUCAUUUAAACGAGCAAUCAGUACAGUAUCUGUACAUGUGAACCUGUAUUGUAUAUGCAAUUUGUAUGAUUGAUCUGUGUGUACUUGUGGCCUCAGAACUGAAUGCUUAGUAUGAAAUCAAAUUUAUUGUUUGACUUGCCGACAUAAUUUUUAGUAAAAAUAAACAACUACAACAGUAAAAUGUAAUAGAUUUUUCUCUCAUGAUUUCAACAAUACAUUUAAAAUAUUUUUAAUUAAAAAUGCCCACCAGUGGUUUCAAUAGUAAGUCUACAAGCUUAAAACUUUAAAAAUAGGGUUUUGUUACUUGUGGUGGGCGCAGCACAGAUAGCCCAUUGUGUAGUUUUGUGCUCAGCAAAAACCAAUCAACCAAUUAAUUAAAACCAUAAUUAACUUUUAACCUAGACAAGCAUUUAAGAUAUAUAAUUGUAAUUUAUUCCUGACAAAAAUGCAAAAAAGUUCUGUAAAACUUCAGUGAUGAUGUAAGCCCUUCAAACUACAACUUAAUUAUUCAGGUAAUGAUAACUCUUGCAUUGAAAAGUUAUUUGCAGACUCAGAUAUCUUUACAAUAGUUGGAGAUGUUACUUGUGAGAUCAGGCACCAUGUAAGUAACUUUGUGAUCCCAUGUGAAAAUACCUACAUUGAAGUACCUGAUUGUAACAUAGACCAGAUUGUGCCAUUAUAAAUUGCAAGUAGUUAUAAUAACAUGUUUAUCAGUUAUACAUAAAAUGAGUGAUUUAUUAAAAUAUUACCUUAGAAUUUAAAAAAGUAUGGUUAUUAUUAUUAUUUUAAUAUAACUAGGUAUGGUCAGUCAGUAAUACUAACCCUGCGUCUUGUUAAUGUAUUAAUACUCCAAAGCCAACAUAGCUUUAUUCUUAUUAUACAUGUACACACACAUACCUGAGUUAUGUUUUACUUGAAAUAGAUAUACUAUCCAUAAUUUUAACUGUUCCUUCACUUCUGUAUUUCUUUGUGUACAUACCAGUAUCAAGUAACUCACUGAUCCUGUCAACUAGUGUAUCAUUUAAAACUAGUUUAUCUGACCAUCUAUUGACCUGGUGCAUAAGUUUGUCACCUAACAUCCCACUGAUUUGAAGAACCAUUAUAUAGUGUAAAAGUUAUUAGUUUAAUGAACCAUGUCCCAAAAAUCCAUGCUGGUCUGAUGGAUUGGUAUGAUACCUUACUUCCCACUGGUUUGAUGAACCAUUAUACACUAAACCCAUUGACAUAAUGACCUGUGUCUGUCCCAGAAAUCCACACUGGCCUAAUGAAUUGGAUUAUUUCCUAAUAUCCCACUGUUUGGUGAGCCAUUAUACAGGGUAAACCCAUUAAUCUAAUGAACCAUGUCUGUACCAUAAGCCCACACUGGUUUGAUGGAUUGGUAUGUUACCAAACUUUCCACUGGUGUUAUGAACCAUUAUACAGGGUAAACCCAUUAAUCUAAUGAACCAUGUGUGUACCAUAAGCCCACACUGGUCUGAUGGAUUGGUAUGUUACCAAACUUUCCACUAGUGUUAUGAACCAUUAUACAGGGGUAAACCCAUUAAUCUAAUGAACCAUGUAUGUACCAUAAGCCUACACUGGUCUGAUAGAUUGGUAUGUUACCAAACUUUCCACUAGUGUUAUGAACCAUUAUACUAUGUUGAACCCAUUAAAUGAAUGAACUAUGUCCCAAAAAUCCUGCACCGUUCUGAUGGAUUUCUAUGUUACUUAACAUCCCACUGUUUUCCAAACCAUUAUACAGUGUAAACCAAUUACUCUAAUGAACCAUGUCUCAAAAACACAACACUUCUGAUCGAUUGGUAUGUCACCUAAUGAGUCACUAACUAGUGUUAUGUUGUGAUAAAAAUUGCAUGAUAUAUUUUUCUGGACAAACUUAAUUUUUUGUUUUCUCAUAUGAUGGAGUUCUCAUUGUAAAAAGUUUUGUUAAUUAAUAUUAUUACCAUUUGUUUCAGCAUUGAGUCUUUACUUGGAUAUAUUAUAGAUAAUUUUUAUUUAAGUCCUUGUAUUACUAGUUUAGUCAGCUUUGUUAUGUACAACUACAGUUACAAUGAGAAAACUACUUUUUAAAUUUUCCACUAAUUAAUUGAAGAAUAAUUUAUAGUGAUUAAUGAAAUCUUUAUAUAACUUGAUAUUUCAUUUUAGUUUUCUGUAAAACAGUACUCAAGUUGGUGAUGGGUAUAAAACUAAUUUCCAGUGUUGUUGAAAGGAAUAAAGAUGUAUUAUCACAAAGUUCUUACACUGUAGACAGUGUAACAGGGUUCCACUUUUGUGUAGAUAGGCUUACAAUAGAAAUAACUUUUUCAAUGAGCAAAACUGUUCUCAGAAGCCUAGUUCUCAAGCUGCACUACAUAUGGCUGACCUUGUGCAUUAUGUUGUUUUUAGUCGUGCCUAUAUUUAAAUAUUUUAAUUGAAUGUCGUGCACUUCACAAGCAGUAAAUAGAAUAAGGUUUUUUAUGACUGACUUAACUUAUGAAUAGCUUAGCACAAUAUAAAGUCAUUAAAAAAAUGAAAGUGGGGCAUAUAAUAUCCUUUGAAUUUCACUUACUUAUUGAAAUAAAGCUUGUUAUUCAUCAUACACUGAUACUGAAGAAAGAUUUUGUCUGUAUGUAUUUGCAUACAUUUUAAAACUAUUUUAUUACUUUAGAUGUACUUUUUGGUAAACUGAUACAACUCUACCAUACUAGUAAAAAUUGAAGUUAUUAUAAAGUAUGGUCAGUAUAAAAUUGGAAAUGGUUAUGAAACAUCACAAAAAAGACUUGAUAAUUUUUCCACUAUUUUCUUUUUUAAGUAGUUCAUUCAGUACAGGUUUCAUCCUGUGCUUUCAGGAUGAGAACAGAAACUGAACUUUCACCUCCCCUCAGCAUGAUGUCAUUCUUAUUUGUAAAUAUAUGUUUGCAAGUGAAUUAUUAUUGUGUUUGUAAAGUUUUGUAACAAGAUUGUUUAGUUGUUAUUUGUAUUGUUUCUAAGGAGAUUUACCUGGUGUUUAUUGAGAUGGAAAAUUUAAUGUUAGUUUUAUGCAGUACAUUAUUUAACCAUUUCAAAUUUUCUGCUUAAAAUAUCUAAAGUUCCUGUUUUCAGGGAUCUGACCAGAGAAUGGGUUCUGGUUGUAAUCCAUAGAAAUUAGAAUUAAUAAAGAUAGUAAGGCCUUUAGUGAUCAAUUCAGUAGAGCAAGCUAUCAUUUACACAUAAUAAACAGUUUCUAGUGUUUGUUAUGGUAAACCUUGUUUAACCCUUUCACUGUACAGUUAAUUUUCAGGCUGAUUCCCUAAAAGUGUCAAUUAUCCACCAAAACGUAAAAGUAUGACCUUGACCCUUUGUAUUACUCUUUCAAUAUUGAAAGAAGCUAUAUGUUCUAUAUCUGACAGUAAUAUUUCGUGAAAACCGUAUUGGAGAGUGAAAAAUAAUGAUUUAAACAAAUAAUUGAGGAAAAGUAGAAGAAAAGUGUUUUCCAGUAAAUGGCAUAAAUAUAGAAAAAACAAAGUCAAUAAACAUACAGGUUACAUAGUAUAGAACACAGAUGGCAGGUUUGGCGAUUUUUUUGUCAAUUACAGGAGGGUAUUCCUGCAUGUUGCAGUAGAGGGAAACUUUUUUUUGAUUGCCAUGGGGUAAAUCCGAAUUUCACAGUCAGUGAAUAUAAAUUUUUAUUUGGAUAUAUCCAAACUAUGCAGUAAAAGGAUUAAUACUGAACUGAAAAUAAGUAUGGAGUUUCAAAAUUAUGUAAUGAAACCAGGAUGGUUUGUUUAAACUUUUCAGUUGUAUAAAAUAUGACUUAGUUAAGUAAAGUUAAUUGUUGCAAAUGAUUAUAAUUAAUUAUACUUGUCGUAAGACGUUAGUAUUAGGCUUAAUACUCGUGUCUUAUAACAAUUAUAAUUAUUCUUACCAGCUUGGAAAAAGGUAUUCACACCAUAACAGUUAUUGUAAAUUAUUGUUGUCUGAACAGUUUUGGGCUGUUUUUUAGUGGAUACAUUUAGGCUGAUGAGAAGAAAACAAAAUUCAAAGUGAAACAAGUUUAUUUUUCUCAGCUGAUAAAUUGUUAAGUUAAAUAUCAAAUGUGAUUAAGUUUAUAAUUCUUAAAAACUUGAUUUGUAGAAUUACUGAAAUACUCAAAAGUUAUAAAUAAAAGUUGUGUUUGACUAUUAACUGUGUCUGUUUCUAGAUAGUAAAACAUUACAGAAUUCAAAUUAUGAAAAUGAAAUUAUAUUUAAGUCAAACAUAUGGCAAAAUAAGAGUUGUUUUUAAUGUAUAAUAUUUUUUAUAUGAUAACUGAAGAUUAGUGCUGUUCUAUCACUGUGGAAGUGUUAUAUUGUGGACUAAUUAAUGUGUAGAACUAAAAAGUAGAUGUCAAGCCUGUUCAACUACCCAAUUUGGUCCAAGAUUUGAAUUCAGACUUUGUGAUAAAGAAAUUACUUUUCAGGCAUGAGUGCUAGUUUAUAUAUAGUUUUGAAUAUGUAGAUGUGUUUUAGUUUUGUUGAACUUGCAUUAUUAAUUUUCAUAAGUCUAAUUUAACAAACUUUGAAUUUCAUUGAUAUCAAAUUCAGUAACAUUUUGCUGAUCUUGCAAAAGUAGUAAAAAGGUUCAAUUCAAAUGAUUGGAUGUUUUCAGGCAUACUGGUGUGGUAAGGACUAUUCAAUGAUAAAUGUGUUCUAACUUGUUAUUACCUAUUUAGUAAUUAGAAACAGUAUAACAACAUGAUUCAGAAAUAUAUAAUGUUUGAAUCUUUUUUAUUACUAUUUUUAGUUCUAAUAUCUUGAAGGAAAACAAUUUAUGCUGCAUCCUGAGAGAAUUUAAUUUUAUGGCCAAAGUUACCUUAAGAAUUUUAUUAUUUUUUUUUUGCAAGUACCCUAAUGAAACAUGUAAAAUAGUGCUGAGGUUAUAUUUUAAACAAAUUCUCUCAUUGGAUGAACAAAUUCCACUUAAGAGCUAACUUUUUUAAUUUCUUGUUGUAUUGGUUCUUCCAGCAACUAAUUACACUUCAGAUAUUUGUUUCACAGCCCUUAAAUUAAAACAAAAGAUUGCUUAGCUUAUUAAGUGAGAGGAGUUAGUAUAAUGUUAUUUCAAACUGAUUUGUUACUCCUAAGGUAUUUUCUGCAAGAAGCAGCACAUCUCCUAGGCUUGGCAUGGCUAGAGAUUAGCAUGCCAGACUAUAAAUCCAAGAAUUCAUAAUUUACAACAUAAUGCUGCAAAAAAUAUGCUUUACAUUUUGAGGUGCUGAGUGCAUUGUAAGAGUGACAGUCAAAUUUCACUGUUCAAUCAGAAUAGCUCAAAAAUUAGCAGUGGUAUGAUAACUUACAGAAAUACAAAAAAAAGAACACAUUAAUUUUUUAAAAAGAUACCUACUGAACUGGUAUCAUCUGAUGGUCUUUUUAAGUGAUAAAAAUAGGGUAAAAAACUUAUCAAAUUGAAUUCAAAUCUUAACGUGAUCAACAAUAUUUUUUAAUUUCCAUUGCAUAAUUGUGGAUUAUAAGUAUAUUAAAUUCAUCUAUAACUGUCUUGUGGAAAUAUUUGGCUUGAAGCUUUUUUAAAAUUGCUGCUUCAAAUUUACAAGAAGAGUGUUCAGUAACUUAAGUUCUAAUUGUUGAGUAGAGACAUUAAUUAUUAUUAUUUUGCAUUUAAUUUGAGCUAAAACUACUUAUUGUGAAGUUUUGUAAAAAAAACAAUCUAAGUAACUUUGUAUAAGAAUGAGUAUUUAGAACGUUCUCCAUACACAAAAUUAACCUAUGAUAGAAAUUGUUACAUUCUGACUAUAAUGGUCCUAAGUAUUUCAAAACACCAUAUUUAGUUUAUAACAAAUGACUUUCCGAUAGAUGCAGAUUAUUCAAUUACAAAUAUUUUCUAAAGUAGUGAAA